AUGUCUUCCAAAUGGAACAUCAAUGGCAAGAGCCUAACAAUGCCCCUCGCCGCCUUCACUAUGGCGACCCUGCUCUUCGUCUACACACGUACAUCCAUCCAAGCCGCAAAGCGCAACGCUCAGCGCCACAGAGAAGCAGACGGCGGCCAGAUCAACUGGCAUAACGAGACUCUGCGGAGGCAUGGGAAAUUGGAUGCGCCGGGGGAUGGGAAGACGGUAGUGGGGGAGUUGGUGGGAACGCUGAAGGGAGAUAGAAGGGUAGGGAAUGAGCCGAGUAAUGCUGUGGAGGAGACCUUGGAGGAGAGGAAAGUCAGGGACAGGAAGAGGGGUGGCUGA